AUGUCAUACUACGACGUCUCGCCCGCCCUCGCUCCCGCCUACGGCUCAACCUCGAUCGACCCUAUCGACGCAGACUACGGCCCCCAAGCGCUCUCCGCCGCUUCGCCCUCCACCACAACCGACUUUGACCAUGCCAUGGCCGACGCGGUCGACAACGAGGUUGACAAUAUGCUCCAGUCGAGCGGGUUGAGUGGGUUUGCAGAGGUCUCGGGCUCGGUCUCGGGGGCGAGGAUCAUGUUUGGUGCGGAUCCGCCUCAGGCUGAAGUCGUGCCGCGAAGUUAUAGCUAUACGGCUCCCGGAGGCGGCGGCGGCGGAGGAGGGGGAAACGGGACGGUCUUGACGGCGUACAGGAACGGCGACGGAAGUGGCGGAGGCGUCAUGUGGAAUGGGCCUGCGCAGAACGGGUCGAACGCGCUUGCCGAGGCGUUCAGGCAGCAGCAGCAGUUGCAGCAGCAGCAGCAGGCCGGCAUGUCGGCGGCGAUGGAUGCGUUUGCGCGCCUCAGGGCGGGCAGUAUCUCCAUCACGCCUUCGGCCGGCGGUCACCAGCAGCAACAGCAACGCCCUCAACAGCAGCAACAGCAGCACCAGUCCUCGCUGAGCGCGGCGACCCGUGCGCGGCUGAGCGCCGCAACACGCACCGUCUCGUCGCCCGUGUUGUCCAUCGCGCCCGGCGCAAUGAUGGGCUCGUCGUCGAGGCAGUCGUCCGCCCAGCAGGCUCAGUCGCCUCGGCCAGAAGCUCCGCCUAGCGCUGGCGAGCCUUACCCGUCCUACGACCCGGCCAACCCGAUCUACGACUUGUACGGCUCGUCCUACGGCGCUGUCCAUAUGUUGUCGCCCCAGCAGCAGCAGCAGCAGCAGCAGCAGCAAUAUCAGCCGCCGGCGUCGCGACGACAGUCGAUGCAGCAGGUUGACCCCGCGCCCUUCUCGCACAACCCGACCGCCCCUUCAGACCCUUACGACCCGAAGGCGCUCGGCUUGCCUAUGCCUCCUCCCCGCACGAACAACGGCUCGACAACCGCCAACUCGUACCAGAACAUCUACUCGACGAGCGGGUUCGACUUGAUCGGUAUCCUCGCACGCGUCGUGAACCGCAAGAACCCGACGAUCGAGAUUGGAGCGGUCGACAUGAGCUGCUCGUUUGUCGUUGUCGACGCGAAGAAGUUUGACCAGCCGAUCGUCUAUGCCAGCGAGACGUUUGGCAAGUUGACGGGGUACGCGACUGAGGAGAUUGUCGGGCGGAAUUGCCGCUUCUUGCAAGCACCUGGCGACCAGCAGGUCGUGCAGGGCGAGAAGCGACGGUACACGGACGGCAACGCCGCGCACCACCUCCGCCAGCACAUCGUCCGCGGCGAGGAGACGCAGGUUUCGCUGAUCAACUACCACAAGAACGGCAAACCCUUCAUCAACCUCGUCACCUGCAUCCCCGUCUCGUACGACGACUCGGGCGACAUCUCGUUCUUCGUUGGCUUCCAGGUCGACCUCGUCGACCAGCCUGCCGCCAUCCUCGACAAGAUGCAGAACGGCUCGUACGUCGUCAACUACUCGGUCGUCCACGCCACCAUCGCCCGCAACCCCUCGGUCAUCUCGUUCGACCCGGCGAUCGCGCUCGAGCAGCUCGAGGACACGGCGCACAACGCGGCGCAGCACGCGCAGUCCCAUGCCGCGCAGGCUGUCGCCAAGGCCGGCGCUGCGGUCCACCAAGCGCGCGAGCAGCUCCGCACGGACGACCCGAGCGAGCUGAUCGGCACGGUCGCGACGAACGGUGUUGCCGGACUCGCGAACGAGACACUGCGGCGGCAAUUCAUGCGCCUCCUCGUCGAGCAGAGCGACGACCUCAUUCACGUCCUCUCGCUCAAGGGCGCGCUGCUGUACGUCUCGGACGCCUCGAAGCACCUCCUCGAGUACGAGCCAGGCGAGCUCCUCGGCAAGACGCUCUCGUCCUUCUGCCACCCGUCCGACAUCGUUUCGGUCCAGCGCGAGCUCAAGGACGCCGGCGUCUCGGCCCACCCGUCGGUCAACCUCGUCUUCCGCAUCCGACGCAAGAACUCGGGCUAUGUCUGGUUCGAGGCCAAGGGCCGCCUGCACCUCGAGCCCGGCAAGGGGCGCAAGUGCGUCAUCCUCACAGGCCGACCGCGCGAGGUGUACAAGAUGUCCUGGCGCGACCUCGAGCUCGCUGGCGGUGUCGGCAAGGGCGACUACGAAUUCUGGGCCAAGGUCUGCGUCGACGGUAUCUUCCUUGCUGCGACCUCGUCAGCGGAGAAGGUCCUCGGCGUGUCGAACGUCACGGUCGACAUCGUCGGUAGGUCCAUCUCGGACCUCUCGCGACGGACGAUGAACGACUCGGAGCGGUUCAUGAGCGCCCUGCUCAAGGCGACCAAGGGCGAGCCGACCAAGGUCCAGCACUCGAUCACGCCCGUACCCGGCCGCGCGCCCAUCGAAGUUGUCACCCGCUUCUACCCGGCGCGCAGCGAAACCGACCCCGUCAUCGUCACCUCGCCCAUCCUCACUCCCGUCGGCGGCAAACAGGUCGCCGUCAUUGUGCAGAUCAGCUUGGCGUCGGACGAGGGCGACAGGGCGCGACGAGAGGCGGCUGCCAUGAGUUCGGCUUCGAGCUCGAUCAACUCGGGCGAGUCGGUCCUCAGCGGCAGCAAGCGGAGCGGGAGCAGCGGAGGGCGAACAGUCGACACUGCUGCGACGUCUGCGGCGGCGGCGGCUACGACAGCAUCGGCGUCGUCUGCCGGCGUUGCCGUCUGUGCGCCCGUCGUUGCUGCCGCGAUUCCCGGCACAGGUCCGCCCGGCCUCACCUCGUUCUCGGCCGUUCCGAGCACCUUCAAGUCUCUCGCGACGUCGUCGAGCGUGUCGGACAACGUCUUUGACGAGCUCAACGUGACCCGUGGCACGAGUUGGCAGUUUGAGCUGCAUCAAAUGCGCCUGACGAACAAGAAGCUGCGAGAAGAGCGCGAGGCGCUCGAGACGAUCAAGAAGAAGAAGGCGAUGCACGCCAAGGCUCCUCCGCCCAAAGCCGGCACCGGCCAACGCUCCUGCGCCAACUGCGGCCGCACGAGUUCCGCCGAGUGGCGCUCGGGACCGACAGGCCCGAAGACGCUCUGCAACGCGUGCGGCUUGCGAUGGAGCAAGGCGCGGAGUCAGGCUGUUGCGGCGGAGAAGAAGCGCAAGGAGGAGGAGGCGGCCAAGGCGGCCGAGGCGGCGGGCCAUUCGUCGAGCGACCCGCAGUCGCGGAGCAACUCGCGCGACUCGACCGCUUCGGGAUCGGGCGCGAGCACGAACCCGACGACCGUCAUGCCCUCGCCGAUGGCGUCGUACCAGCACCAGUUCGCCGGCUUGUCGCCUCACUCGCCUGGGUGCGCGCCGCCGUCAAACAACGUCAGCCCGCUCUCGAUGUACCCGAGCAUGUCGAUUGCGCCGUCGCACUCGAGGCCGCAGCUCGUCCACCAGGCCUCGUCCGGCCUCCAGCACGCCUUUGCGACGAACCCGCAGUCGAUGGUGGGUAUCCACUCUUCGUCACAUCUCGGGCACCUCGCGCAGCACGGCCCGACAUGA